UGACCUCCCGAAGAACCUAGUAAUUUCCCUCGAAUAGCGAACCAUGGCGUACCAGUAUGGUGUCGGUGGUGCUUCUCCCAUGCCCCACGCCCCCUCGCCCGGGAUCCAGCGCGCCGUCACGCCCACCCCGCCCCUCCCCGGUGGGCCUAUCCAGCCUGGGUCGAUCACAUACACGACGACGGCUGGUACAGACGGCCAGAUCAUUUACCACCCUUUCAAAGCAGUCUCUGCGAGCUAUGAGACACCUCAAGGUAUCGUGACCGGCAUCCAGUGGGUACCUGCGGAGGCAACCAGGAUGCUGCCUGCUGGGGCAACCCCCGCCACAGCGGACAUUCUCGCGUCAUUCAAUCGUAACAGUCAUGCGCGCGAUCCUUAUUAUGAUGGCGACAGGCAUCGUGAAGAAGACAGACGUCGGGAGAAAGAGCUCCGCCGCGAAGAGAAGGAGCGCCGCCGGCUCGAGCGUGAAGGAGAACGGCUCGAAAGAGAGCUUAGGCGUGCACGCGAACGGGACAACGAGGACCAACGCCCUAAGCGUAACUCUGGUUAUGGCUACGACCGGGACUACGACCGGGACUUGGACCGCUCAUUCCGCGACAUGGACCUCCGAGACCGUGAUCGUGAGCGAGAGAGAGAACGGGAGUUUGAGGCCGCCAAAGUUCGUUCCCGGCAGAGCGCGACGUACGAUCCGAAUACGUACGCUACCGGGGCGGCAGGCGCAUACCCCGCGUCUUACGCCCCAGCCAGUCCCACCACUAGCUACGCCGCGCCAGCUGGUGGGUAUACCGCUGGCCAGCAGUACUAUCCUGCCCCGCCGACGCGCACUGCGUCUCAGGGUGUUGGAAUGGUCCGUUCAGCAUCGCCCUACCAGCCCGGCGCCGCCCCCCGCCCGGUAUCUCCAUACGCGCCUCCUCCUCCCGCACGUUCAGCUUCGCCCUACCAGAUCCCCGGUGUCUUGCCACGUUCAGCUUCGCCCUACCAGAUCCCCGGUGUCUUGCCACGUGCGGCCUCUCCAUACCAGGCUCCUCUGGGUCCGCCGCGAGCUGCAUCGCCUUACCAGCCUGUCGUUCCACGCUCCGCAUCGCCGUACCAAGGCGGCGGGCCGCUGCCCCCGCAGGGCUUCUAUCCGCCAGGACAUGUAAUGGAGGGCAAGCCUAUUGCUCCGCGCCCGCUGUCUCGCGCACCUUCUCCCAAUCCCGGCUCGUAUGCUGUCGCCCCUGCACCCACUGGUACGUACGGCUACGGCGCCACGCAACAGCCUUACGGGGGCGCGCCCCCGAGCUACGGUGUCCCUUCCGGUCAAUAUGGCUCACCAGCACUGCAGCAGCCGGAGCAGCAGUCGAUGCCUGCGCCCGAGGGCUUCUCACGCCCGCCGAACCUGUCGCAGGCGUACACGCGGUUCGAGACGACGAAGAUCCAGGACAUGGACGACUUCUACGAGAACAUCCCCCGCAUGCCGCUCGUUCUUGUGCCGCACGACGUCUACCAUGAGGAUUGGAUACGCUUGAUGACAGAUCUCUCCUUAGCCUGGGCAGGCAAGCUCCCUGUGCCUGCCUACGCGACCGACGGCCGCCCUCCGAAGCGGACCACUCUGACUUCUGACCUCAUCGACCUCUGGAACACCUCCUUCUUCCUCAAGCGCGGCGUCGAGCUUGUGCUCUACAAGGGCCGCGAACGCCGCUCGGGCAGGCUCGCCGGCACCGUCGACGUGCACCUUCCCGGCUUCGAGGGUGCCGCCCCCAUCAGCGACUCGUCCGAGUCCUCGAGCAGCGGGUCUGAAUCUGAGGACGACCGCGACGACCGCCAUCGGUACGGUGCCUACGGUGGCGCGUACAGCAGGCAGCUCGAGGGUCAACUCGCCGAGCUGCAGGAGACGAAGCGCGUUCGCAAGGAGCGCAAAAGGGCAGAGAAGAAAAGGCGUAGGCAGGAGAAGAAGCAGCGCAAGAAGGCACGCGAGGCCGAGAGGAAGUAUGCGAUGUAUGUCACCUGCGUCGCUCCAGAGCUUUGAGGCAUCAUCGUGCCGCACACCACGAGCAGUACUGGUUGCCCGUGGCGAAGACAGUUGAACUUCUACAUCAGGUCCUAUUUCACGGAAGAUUGAAGAGUAACAGAUGUGCCAAUAGGUACUAUUACAAUGUAACAUAUACUAAGUGUAUAUACAAUGGAUAUUCAAUCCUGCAGAUGCAGCAGCCGCCUAUCACUGGCGCCCUCUACCCGAGUUGUUGUACCCGCCACGGUUAUUGCUGUGUGACCCUUGUCCAUAGCCUCCGUAGCCGCCACCUUGGUCGUAUGUCUGGCCACCGUAGCCGCCACGCCCACCAGCAUUGUUGUACCCGCCGCGUCCGCGUCCUCCUCCUUGGCCUCCACGACCGUGGCCACCUUGUCCCCCGCCACCGUACCCACCGUAGCCCCCUCGGUUUCCGCCACCGUAACCUCCUUGUCCAUCGCCACCGUAACCUCCUUGUCCGUCGCCACCAUAGCCUCCCUGAUUACGGGGCGGGCCGUGGUUGUUGUGCGACUGGUUAUGCGAACCGUGAUUGCCGUACGAAUUGUUAUACCCGCCGCGGCCGCCCCUACCGGAUCCGCCGCCCCCACCGGAUCCGCCGCCCCCAUACCCGCCGCCCCCAUACCCGCCUCCGUACCCACCACCGUGGGAGGACCCGCCUCUGCCACCACGAUACGAUCCAGAUUGCUGGUGCGACUGCUGGCUUCCAUAACCUCCAUAGGACUGGCUGCUCGACCCGUAUCCGUGUGAUGGCGAUGCCGAAUGCGGGCUGUGGUUGUAGUUGUCACGGUAAUUGGGCCCGCCGUAGCCAUUGCUACCGUAGCUGCCAUGCGACGGGCCACCACCGCGAGCCCCGUCACUCCUGCCACGGUCUCUGUCAUUCUGAUGACUGUGAGACCAUUGGCCUGUCGCGGGAGACGGGCCGCCGCCACGUCCUCGUCCGCCGCCCGUAUUGUGACGUCGAGCAUUCUCACGAUCGCUGUCGGUCAGGACCGGUUGCGGCCUCUGUACGCCCUGGAGCAGGACUGAACGGUGUGGUGUCAGCUGCUUAGGGUAGAGGUACAAAGCAGAAAGCGAGCGGUCGUUCUUGAUGUCCAGAAGAUUUACUGAGGUCAAGGGACAAGAAUAUGUCGAGCCAGGGAGACACUCAGGAUCGGGAAGUAGGCUUCCUUCGAUACCCUUGGUAUAUUUGAAGUCGAUAGGCAUAGGGUCCUGCGUCUUGCGCUUGCCGUAGAGGGCUUCCAUAGUUGGAUACAGAGGAUGUUCCUCGAAGACGAAGAGGGCGUUGUUGCCCCAGCUGUUCCGUCUCUCCUCUUCUUCGGUGAGGCCUGGAUAUCUCGGAGCCAUCGCAUCCAGCAGCCGCAUCUCGUCGAUGAACGGAAGGAGUGCGACACCUUGCCAGGUCAUCCUUUUACCGUUCAUGUCGACAUUGAAGGUGCUCGGAUAAAAGUCGAUGAUCGGUGAGUUGGGGUCAAGCAUGAGAUCAUGGAACACAGAUGGGAUAUGUAUGCGACUAGAUGCAGGGAAGACGCUCAUCAGUUGCUCAAAGGGCUUGAAUGGCUGGCCAAUGAUAAAGUCGAGUUCCAUGCUACCAACAUCCUCGAAGUCGGCCGCAAAUGGGGCGAAGUGGAAUGGGUAGAACCACUGCCAGGAAGGCGCCCCUUGGUAGUAGUAUUGGAGCACCCACGCCAUGCCUUCAACAUACUUCUGCGUUACUCUCUUGCGUACCGCAGUGUCCGAAUGUGACACACCGAACUUCUGUUUAUAGUACCGUUCUCGGUAUCCCGGCUCCCACAGGCGAACGGUAUCCUCCUGCUCAACAGUACCAUCCGGAUUGACCUUCAACGCGUAGUUGGCGACAUGGGGGCUUUCAGCAUCGUCGUCAUCCUCAACUGGGAUAGUUACAUCGCCCUCGGCCUCUUCAGCUUCCUCAUCCUCCGCCUCAGCAAUGUUAUGCUUUCGCUUGACACCGUGAGGAGAUUUGAGAGAGUUGGCGUCAAGAAUGCCAUUUCGCUGGCCACUCUCGUCCUCGUCCAUGGUGUCGAUGACGAAUGUUGACGUGUUCGGACCGGCACCCAGUCCGGGGAUGUCGGUGCCUUCUUCAGAGAGCUCCGUAUUAGCAACAAUCGCGGGUGGGACGUCGCCGUCCGUCGGUUGGGGCGUCGGUACGGCGGGUGUAGAAGCCGAGGCGAAAGCAUUCGCUGAUGGCUUCACUGGCGUGAGACCAGCUAGCUCUGCCUUCAGUACUUCGGCGGCGCUCAUGUUAGCCAUCCGAAUGGCGCGACGAUUGGCAACGACAUCAUGGUUUGAGCCUCCCCAAGCCUGGGUUGCUCGGCCGGCAAACUGUUCCGUCUCGAUAGUUUUGGGACCACCAAGUCCGAUACUGUCCGCUUUGGCUGCGAAGUCCUGGCCUGCCUGCUUCUUGGUUGGUGAGGUAGGAGUACGUGGUGUCACGGCGUCUGGAAUGGGAGCCGACGACGGCGCAGCUGGGGCGCCGCCGAGGUUGAGCACAGCUGGAGGGCCGCCGCCAUUGGCAGCCUUUUCCUUAUCAAUCUUACGCCGCUUUGCAUUUUGAUCUUGACGUUCCUCCGCCUCACGCCUUCGUUUGAAGAUGUCAUCCUCGCGUUGUGCAAGACCUUCAAGAAUGAUCUGCACACGCGACAGUUCUAGCUGGCCGUGGUUGGUCAAGUAUCCGCCCAUCCGCGGUAGCUCACGACGCCAGAUUCUGAGAAGAGUAUCGAUGGCGCCCUCGCGAAUCUCAAGCGAUGGAAGAUGGGGCAAGAAGUCGUUUCCGACAAAAAAAAUUAGUAAAACCCAGUCAUCUAUCGCUUGUUCAAGGUUGAAGGGGAAGGGCUGUUGAGGUACUUUCAUCUCGACUUCUAAGUACUCUCGCAGAAUGGCGACGUCGAGGAAGAUGAAUGGCUUCUUCGCUAGUGGGACCAUUUUCCUGUGGAAGUCUAUCUCUACCUGGGUGGCAGUACACUGUGCUGCAUAGUGGCCAUCCUGCCCGCACAAACGGCAAGCGGUCUGGGUGCCCUGAGCGAAGACAUCUUCACGAAGCACUCGGAAGUAUGGUUCGUGCGUAGCUAGAGCAAGCAUGAUCAAGUCAGCAUCCAGACCGUAGAUGACGUGGUGGGUGUUCGGAUCGUGCCCGAGGUUCGACCGUUGUCGACGAAUAAAGUCCAUUAUCUUGUGCUCUCCUUCGCCGGGGACACUCGCAUCGGAUAUGAUAACUUGAAGGUUCUUCCAGCCUGGGUCCGAAUUAAGCUUCCGCGCAACCCAAUACCGAAGCGACGUUGCCAAGAGGGCCAUGAAGGGCGUCCCGGGUGUGAUAGCAUUAGAGUCCCAAGACUUCUUCUCCCUUUCUUCUUCGCUGACUUCCUUCCCCAUAGCUUCCCACAACGCAAUAGACUCCCUUCGAGCUUCCUCUUUUUCUCUGGCUUCCUGUGAAGUGCGAAAACGACGCGAACGUUGCUGAUUCAUCUUCGCUCGCGGAGCAACUCCAUCAAUGGCCAUGAACAAAAGUCUGCGGGGACGGAUCAUAUUGACAACACGCUCAGUGUACUCAAAAAUCUCCAUCAUCAUGUCUUCUUCAGUUUCCGGUGCGGGCUUGCCCUCCGGGUGUGUGCACGGGUGAACGAUACCGUUCAUAUCGAGGUAGAGAUUGUCAAACUCCUCUUUGUUGGGAUUGGGACCUGAAAUGUCGACUGGUACCAACACUUCUUCGCCGUCUUCACCAGGAACCUUGGCCUCUUCUUCUUCAAUUACAGGAUAGAUGAUUUUCGGGUACUUUUUACUCAGCCAUCGGAAGAGCG